CGGCCUGUCACAGCGUUUGUUUUCAUCCGCGGUGUUGUCAUAGAAGGAAGUGGUGGUGGGCGUUCCGUGUUCGUCGGUUCAUUUCUAAGACGGUUUCUAUCCUCCACGGCCAGGUAUCCCGAUGUUUCUUCCUACGCUUGUGGAGGACAUGCAUCAUUUUAAGCAUAGUCGAAACAGAUUGUACACCACCAGGUGCUGCGGAUGUUGCCAUGUCCGGACGGGGACCAUCAUCCUGGGAACAUGGUACAUGGUAGUCAACCUGUUGAUGGGCAUCCUGCUGACUGUAGCUGUGACCCACCCAGAAAACGUGCCCACCAUUGACUUGCAGUAUGAGGUCAUCGACCAUUACUUUGCCUCGGACCGAAUGUCUGAGAAUGCUUGCGUUGGAUUUGCCAUCUCUCUGCUGAUGCUCACUAUCAGUGCCAUGAUGGUAUACGGAGCCAUUACUCAUCGUGACGGCUGGCUCAUCCCAUUUUUCUGCUACCAGCUCUUUGACUUUGCUCUGAGCUGCCUGGUGGCCAUCAGUUCUCUCACCUACCUACCAAGGAUCAAGGACUACCUGGACCAGCUGCCGGAUUUCCCCUACAAGGAUAACCUCCUCUCUCUGGACUCCAGCUGCCUGCUGCUCUUUGUGCUGAUCUUCUUUGCCUUCCUCAUCAUCCUCAAGGCCUACUUGAUCAACUGUGUGUGGAACUGCUACAAGUACAUCAACAACAGGAACAUGCCAGAGAUUGCCGUCUACCCUGCCUUUGAGACCCCGCCCCAGUACAUCCUGCCCACUUACGAGAUGGCAAUGAAGAUGCCAGAGAAGGAGCCACCUCCCCCUUACAUGCCUGCUUAAGCACCAGCCCUGUUGCCAAAACACAUACACAUACACGCCACCAUAUGCAUUCCUACUUUCCCUUACUUCUGUCUGACCUAGUGUGUAUGUGUAAGGCCACUGGAAGUGUUUCGUUCAACCCUCCCCUCUGUGUCUCUGAAGAGCAUCCUGGAGGUGCGAGAGAAGAAAGGUGGGAAAGACUGAAAUCUGAAUGAAUGUGAUGUUUGAAAAGCUACCAGCCCCCUCUGGCCUUUUUUUAUGUCUUAGUAAAAGGGAUACAUGUGAACAUGCUUGAAACGCUAUCAUCAGUCCAGCACCAUCCUAUCUAUAGAUUGAUAUAUGAAGUGUAAAAAAAAACAAAAAACAACAAAACUAUGACAAUCCACUUAUUAUAGCUCUUAUUGUUGAAUUGUGUUACUUUCCCUCCCUGAUUAUAAAGAUCUAGACUAUUCCAGCUCAGUCUUGAAUGGAGUCUGUGGCACUUUUUUUGUCUGUUAUUUAUUUAGCUUUGCUGUUGUUUGGUUCAUCGCCAUCCAUAACAUUUUCAUCACUCUGUGCUGCCCUGGCGUGUUAGCAAAGCUAGUGAAUAGUUUUUCCAGGUGAGAUGGACAGAGAGAGACAGCAGAGGGCACUGAUGAUGAAUCAUUUUCUCUGCUUUUCUUUCUCACCUGAUGUCUGGAGCAAACAGCUAGUCUUGUGAACAUUAGUAGUUGCAUGCUUGUCGGCAACCCCCCACCACCACACCCAAUUUCUUUAUUGGUAAUAUGAUUUUAUCCUAGUGGAAAAACGUUGACUUCAAUAAACGUUUCAGAACA